GAUACAUCAAUUUAAAUUUGACAAGUUCCCCUUUAAUUCUACAGUCAAAAUCUGCCACACACACACACACACACACAAUAAAAUGGAUACUUCAGAGUUAGAGGACUUCCAGGACCAAAUCCUACGGUACCUCCGUAAUACCCACUACAAUGAUGUGGAGGAGGGAGGCCCGUUGCCGCAUAUCCCCUCCUCACUCAGCUUCAUCCAACGUCUGAUCGAAGACUUGUUUAAACGCGUCGGAAAACAUUCCGCAUGGCGUGAACGUUAUAAACAGCUGCGAAAAGAACACAACCAGGAUGUGUUGUUUGAUAUUAUGCAGUUUGUGGAGGACUACUGCAUGGACGAAGAAAUUGUGAAUAAAAUAACAUUCCCGGAGAACCUCGUAAUAUCCUCUUUGGACAACGUAUUAGUCUCAAAAGAGUCGUUGAAUCCAGUGGGAGGAAUGAGCAUAAACGUGCAGUGGGUCGAGGGCAAAUCACCCCGCAACCCAAUCAAAGACUGCGACGCUUUCGACAAGGACCUGAUGGAGCGUUGCCGACAAAUCAAGGAGUACAUAGCAAAAGUGGAGGCGGAAUCGAUGUCCGACCACGAGAAACACCUGGCCAAACAGGUGGACGACCUGGAGGCGGCACUGCUUGAACGUAUGCACAACCAACAGCACAAGUUUCUCGUGCAUGUGUCGUCCCGUUUCUACUGCGGCCACGAGGGCGGCUCCGAAGUCACCUCGUGGGUGGACCGCGACUUCCACACCGUCGAGGAGAAGCGAAAGGAGUACGAGGUGAAAGAGGGCAGGACCGAUACAAAAACUCUGUAUGUUGGGCUGCAAAAGGACAAGUACUACUGGCGGCACACCUCCACAACCGAAGACGAGAACGUGGACGACAGGCAGUAUUACAGUACUGUCAAGAUGCAGAAUUACGUUUCGGAGGGCGCCAAUUUGGUCUUGAUGAGGUAUUUGGUUGUAGCCCGACACCUGGGCCCUUUUGAACUGGCCGCCAUGUAUAUAAACGGAGAGCUUUGUCGAAAUAUCUACGAAUCAAGAGGACCACGUGUAAUCUAUCUGCACGGUAAACGAAUGGAGGCUUAUAAAAUAUACCGAACUAUAAUCGAAAGUUGUGGUCUGUCACAUCGCAUCAGCACUAUAUUUACCACUCAUGGACGAAUUAUAUCGCAAGAAUGGGAAGGGUCAAAGUACGUUCUGAACAUAAACCCCAAACUUGUUUUGGACUCAAAAUUGCUACCAAAAUUUGAAAUGAUCCCUUUGGAAACAACGUGGAUGGACGACUUGGAAUUGUUUUCAAAAUACGCCGAUUAUAAAACAGAGGCUGAACUAAAACUGAAAACAUACAUGUCAGACCAUCCGGAAAUCAAGGCAAUUAUUGCCGACUACAUGCAACACGUGCUGCUUCUGAAACCGUCAAAAGUCGUGGAGUUCAGCUGCGAGUAUUUCAAAAAACUGGCACCAGUUAACGAGUACCACCACACGACCGCCUUCCAGGACGACGACAACGACGACAUAAACUUCUACCGAACAUUAUAAACGAAUAAA